AUAGAUAUCAACAUUAAACAUUUUCGCGUUUUCAUAGUUAUGUAUAGUGAACAGCCAUACAGGCCGUAGUAUAUGGGCGGACUGCGAAAUGCAGAAGGGUGUAAAAGCGUCAUUGCACCGGCGCCGAGCACUUGGUUAUUUCGCUUCGCGUCAAUUCGUCGUAUCGAUUAUCCUCGUUUACCGCGUGUGACGAGCCGCUUUCACUUAAAAACAAACGUAUAAUAAACGAAUAAAGGCGAAGAUUACAUGGAAAGAACUUUGACGUAUAAAAUGGUGUUGGCACUUGCCAGAAUAUUACAAUUUUUUUGUUUCGUUUGACUUGGGAGAAUGAAGUUCCGAAUUUAGCGAAUUGUUUAUAAUUCUAAUCAAGUAACAAUUAACUGCCUUUGGCUGUGAUUGACAAAUCAGUUAUUUAUAACGAGGGAAUUGUCAUAAAAAAUGCAUAUAUAUUUCAUAUCAGAGUUGGUGCAUAUAUAUGUAUGUAUACAACUUUGGCAAUUCCAACGAUUCUGACAGUGUAUGGAGAACAAUUUGUUUGUGAAACUUCUCUAUCUUGUAUCAAAAAGUUGUCCAGUGUUGAACAAGUAAAGGCAACAUGGAUUCUGCAACAGAACUGGAACAUAUAGAGAAACUGGCAAAAGAAGCUGAAUGCUUGAAAAUACGUUUGGAAGAUGAACGACAAAAGUUGAAUGAUAUCACACUUGCCAGUAUAGCGGAUAGGCUUGAAUCAAUUAAUUGUAUAAAUGUAAAACCCAGACGUAUUCUAAAAGGACAUCAAGCCAAAGUUCUAUGUUCAGACUGGUCUCCUGACAAGCGUCAUAUUGUUUCUUCUUCACAAGAUGGAAGAAUGAUUAUAUGGGAUGCCUUUACAACAAAUAAAGAACAUGCCGUUAGUAUGCCAACUAGAUGGGUAAUGGCAUGUGCUUAUGGUCCCAGUGGCACCUUGGUUGCAUGCGGAGGUCUGGAUAAUAAAGUUACAGUGUAUCCACUGAGUCUGGAGGACGAUGUCUCAGCUCAUAAGAAAACUGUUGGCACACAUACAUCAUACAUGUCCUGUUGUGCUUUUCCUAAUAGUGAUCAGCAAAUUUUAACAGGCAGCGGAGAUAGCACAUGUGGUUUGUGGGAUGUAGAGAGCGGGCAAUUGUUACAGAGUUUUCAAGGGCAUUCCAGUGAUGUUAUGUCCAUUGAUUUGGCGCCGAGUGAAACUGGAAACAUAUUUGUAUCAGGUGGUUGUGACAAAAUGGUUUUGAUUUGGGAUAUGCGCAGUGGUCAGUGUGUGCAAAGCUUUGAGGGACAUCAGUCCGACGUUAAUUCAGUAAGAUUUCAUCCAGGCGGCGACGCGAUAGCAACAGGUUCAGACGAUGCUACUUGUCGUUUAUUCGAUUUACGUGCUGAUAGGGAAGUUGCAGUAUACGCAAAAGAGAGUAUAAUAUUUGGAGCAAACGCAGUUGAUCUCAGUGUAAGCGGACGUUUGCUUUUCGCCGGAUAUAACGAUUACACGGUAAACGUAUGGGAUACUUUAAAGUGUCAGCGAGUAGCAUUAUUGUACGGGCAUGAAAAUCGAGUUUCAUGUCUAAGGGUUUCUCCGGAUGGUACUGCCGUAUCUACUGGAAGUUGGGACUCAACUUUGCGAGUUUGGGCUUAGCUUCGUAAUUAUUACUAUUAUCUUAAACAUGUUGAAAUACCAAAUAUUCUUGCUAUGCAGCACAUAGUUAAUAUUUCCUCAUUUUAUUCUAUUUAUUUAAAUUCUCGCCUCUUUUCUCGUGUACUUUUUAUUCAUAUUUUAUUCACGUUUUCAUCAUACUAAAUAUGUAUGAUGUAUAUAUACAUAUAUAUAUACAUUAACUGUUGUGCAUUUAAUAGCAAACAUGUUAUGUCAUAUGCAAAAUAUAAUCAGUAAUACAUAAUUAUGGUAAUGUGAUAAAAUUAAUGAAGUUGCAUUAGGCUGGUCCUAAUUUACAGAAAAAUUUUCGUAAAUAUAAUUCGUAAAUAUAAUAGUGAAGUCAAAAUAUGUAUGUGACAAAAAAUAAAAAUUUCAUAAAUCCAA